AUAUUAUUCUCAUGAGCUGUAUCAUGCUGAUACGCAGUUCACAAUUUGUAAAAAUGGAUGACUGUUGGAGAUUCGAGAUAAACAAACGUGUGAUAGGGUGAUUGUUAUGUAAACAUAUUACGAAAUAAGUGUGAAAAUGGUCAUAAGCUAGUGGUUCUUGUCUGGUAUAAGACGUCGUCAUUCAGGAGGCUGAGGUAACAACGUGUGUGCGUGACGAAAUUUGUGUGUCAGGUGUAAUUAUAUUGUAAGCAAUGUUUUCGAAGACGUUAUGUAAGGCCCUACGGGGAGGAGUGAAUUCUUUCCACAUAAAAGAUGCGUUGAAAUGCCAUGUGAAUAACAGUCCGAAUAUUUUACGACAUCAUCAUUGCAUGAUGUUGCCAGAAAGUAUUUCACAGUCUCCAGAUUUCUUCUUCCGACAGCUUUUUGACAAUGAAAGCAGCACUUACACGUACCUUUUGGCCGACACCACCACGAAGGAAGCCAUCAUAAUUGACCCAGUACUUGAACUUGCUGAGAGGGAUGCACAGCUUAUUAGAGAUUUGGGAUUAACUUUGAAGUAUGCAAUGAACACCCACAUGCAUGCAGACCAUGUGACUGGCACUGGGUUGCUCAAAAAGCUGCUGCCGGGCUCGAAGAGCCUCAUCUCGAAGUCCAGUGGAGCACAAGCUGAUAUUUAUGUUGAGGAGGGCGUUGAUAUUCAGUUUGGGCGUCAUCGACUUUCAGUGAGAGCCACGCCAGGACACACAAAUGGUUGUGUGACAUACGUGAGUCAUGAACAAGGUGUAGCCUUCACUGGUGAUGCACUGCUCAUCAGGGGCUGUGGUCGCACUGACUUCCAGGAAGGAAAUUCCAAAACACUGUACAACUCUGUCCAUAGUCAGAUUUUUACGCUUCCAGAUAGCUUUAAGCUCUAUCCUGCACAUGACUACAAAGGUCAAACCACCACAACAGUUGGAGAAGAGAAGCAUUACAACCCACGGCUCACCAAACCACUGGAUGAAUUCAUCAAAAUAAUGGAGAAUCUUAACUUACCUUAUCCAAAAAUGAUUGAUAGGGCUGUGCCUGCUAACAGAGUCUGUGGCCUGCAUGACCUACCUUGAGCAGUUCUGCUGUCAGAUGAGUUCUGUAGAAGUGCAGUAUUUGUCAGAAUUACUGUCACAUGUAUCUGUCAUUUCAUACCAAGUAUACCAUUUUUAUAAAUUUAUAUAUUUUUGUUACUGUAGUGUAUGAUUUAUAUGUAUAAUAGGAAAUGGUUUAUGAUUCACUCUGUGUGCUAUUUAUGGGAUGUGGGGCACAAUUACCUUAGUGUCUGACAGACAGCAAUAAUUGUCAGCCCGAACUCAUCAUUUGAUAACACGUGUAGAAUGGCAAAGAAAUGUGGGAGAAAGAAGGGGAACAUAGAAGUAGAGAAAUUAUGUAACUAAUGAAAGGACUUGCCAUUGGAUUUGUGCUAGGCCUUUUCCACUAGUACAUCUUAGUAUUAUGGCACUGAGAUUUUUAUAGAACUCGGUUAGAGUCUUAUGUAAAAUUCUGUUCAUAUCUUUUAUUUGACUUGUGUAUGAAAUGUAGCAGUUUAGAGAUGGUAUUAGCCAUAAAAUUGUUUCAUUCCUAAGUACAGAAAUAACAUUCUUGUCACAUUCUGUACCAUGUACAAGUACUGGGAUUUCACCUCCUGCAUAUCAGUUCUUCCAUGAAAUCUGGAUUUUGAUCUUACUGCAUUCAGAAUGUAAAUAGAAAACAACCUGUGGAAAACAAUAGACAUUCACUGCACAUUUCAACUCUUAUAACCUUCAACAGGCCACCCUUGGGACGUUUCCAUGUGUUUGAAUGACAACAUAUGUCACAUGACACACAGGAAAUUUCAGUCUGUCACGUGACAGGAUUGGCAGUGGCUAUGUUAAGUCACUCUUUUAUAUAAACUAAUGAUUACAGUAAGUGUAGGAUAAGUGCUAAUUUUAGCAGGCAUAACUAUAAAAUAAGAUGUUUUCUUGUUACAUUUGAUACGUUGCUUAAAUGUGGAACUAAUUUUAUCUGUAUAUAACAGAUGGAUUGUGUUCUUUUGAUGGUAUUGAUGUAUAAAAUGCCUGUCACAUAAUGACAUAAAAAUGAAAGUACUAGAAAAUGGUAUAUAUAAAAAAAUGUCAUGACUGUCCUUGCUGAGAAAAUGUGUAACAGCUUAAGGCACAAUAUGUAGGCUUCUUUCAGAAGUCUUUAAGAAAGAGUGCAAAUGCUCCAAAAUGUUAUUGCUUCUACAUUAUACAUACAGUAUAAAAUCCUUAAAAUUCUCAUAUUAAAAAUAUAUAUCAAGGAUGAUCUUCA